AUGGAAGGGGAGGAAUCCCUGCGACAGUUUUCUCCAGAAGUAAUGGUUCAAGAUCCAAACAUUGGAAAUGCGAAUUCUCUACUACCUCCUAUAGUUCUUUUUCAUGGAACUGGGGAUUAUUCCAUACCAUCAGAUGCCAGGCUUCAAUCUUUUUUAUCCUUUGAUGGGCUGCUAGAGGAAAUGUACAACUUCAAGAGAGGUAAAACAUUUGCUGAAGUUCUUAAAAAAGUUGGAGUGACAGCUGAAGCAAUUUUGUACGAAGGGAAGACUCAUACUGAUGUGUUUCUACAGGAUCCCAUGAGAGGUGGGAAAGAUGAUAUGUUUGAAGAUUUAGUUGCAUAUAUCCACGCUGGUGAUGCUGAGGCCCGUGCCAGAGAUGCUGUGGCUCCUCCAAGGAGACGCCUUGUGCCUGAAUGCAUGUUAAAACUGGCUCAUAGCGUCAGUCCAUUCUAG